AUGCCCCGCAAGUCGAAGAAGCAUACGACAGUAGAGGAGGAAGAGACCUCAACAACGACCGCAAUGGUCCCUACUGAAGCGGCCACUGGCAGUAGGAAGAAGGCGCGGGAGCGAGCCGCAGAUGUCAAGCUGGAGCCGGACUCCUUGGAACAAAGAAGGAGGGACCUUCAGAGGACUAUACAGAAAACAGUACGGAAAAUGAGGGAUGAAGGUGUCGAUGAGACCCUCAUUAAAGUCGAGAUCAAUAGGAUAAAGAACCGUGAGCAGAGAGUGCUGAUGCACGCUGUGAAGCAACAACAGCGAGUCGAGAAGGGCAGCAAGCAUGAAGUCGUUGUGAUUCCAAUUGCAUGGAAGCAGAAGGCUCGGGAGAAGGCGGAGGUCGACUCAGCCUCAAUAGCUGCAAAGAGAGCCCUCCUCUCGACUGGUGUGGAUGCUUGGCUUGAUCACCGGAGGGAGUAUACUCCUGGCCAGAAGUUCGCGUACUGGGAGCACCUUGGUGUCAAAUACCGAGUAGAGAUUGGUCCUAAUGAUGUAGCUCAGAAUCAAUGUGUCGUGGUGAGAGCUGAUGAGCCUGGCGAGUGGCUGAAGCAUCAGCGGAAGCGUGGGGUGAGACUGUCUUGUCGGGGGAUUAUGUCGGCUCUAGUAGAGCUCGGCUACGAUGGUGGAGGAGCUGCUGGGGAUAUGGACCGGCUUGAUGAUGAUAUCCUAGAGGGCACUGCUGGCCAAGAAGAGCACGAUGGAGCUGCUUCCGCUGCAGCCGUGGCUGAGGAGGUCGAUGAAGAUGUGGCCGGUAAUGUGGCGCUCUCGUCGGACGCUCCCAAGAAGGAGAAGCGCAGACUCCCUAUAAGUCCUUCAUAAAUCGCAAGAAGCAACGUACCGCGG